AUGUCCUUCGCUCUGAGCUCCAAGACCGCGGUCCGAUCGACCGCGGUGAAGUUCACCGCCGCUAAGCGCUCGAAUAAGGUUUCUCGAGUCGUUCGCGCCGACGCCACCGCGGAGGCUGACAUCGCCACCGCCAUGGUCCCCGUGGACCAGGUGAAGGAUUUCCUCGGCCGCGGCUUCGUGAUCGUUGACAUUCGCUCCCCGGAGGAGUGGGCGGAAGGGUCUAAGAACACGUGGAAGAAGAUUUGCCUCGCCAUCUUUGACGAAGAGACGGGUGAGGUUGAAAUGAACCCCAGUUUCAUGGCUCAAAUCAAGGCGGAGUUCCCGAACACGCUGAGCCGCAUCUUGCUCGUGUGCGACGACGGCACGGAGCGAAGCGAAAUCGCGUGGAGAGGCAUCAGCAAACGCGGUUACACCCAGUGCAAAAUCAUCGAGGGUGGCUCGGAGGCGUUCUUCAAGGCGUUCCCGCUCACUGCGGCGGACAAGCGCGUGUGGAAGCUCCAGGACCAACCGGGCGCCGACUUGUCCACGCUCGUCAGCGGCGUGAGCAUGAACAUGGAUCACAUCUUCCAAGACCGCAAGUACUAG